AUGAAAAUACCUAUACCUAAAGAUGAUAAUUUCAUAUUAAUGUUAGAUAAAUUAAGUCAGGAAGAGAAGUUUUUUAUUCACAUAUUAUCAACAUGUGAAGAUAAACAUUUGUUAGGUCAUUUAUAUCCAUUCGUUGAUUGGGUAUGGUUAAAAUCAGAUUUGUUAGCGUGGGCUCCAGUAUUGAAUAGAUUUGAUGAUUUAUUAAGGAAAUAUAUCAUACACAAUAAAUUAGUAAUGCAAAAGAAAAAUAACAAAAAUGGUGAUAAUGAGGGAAGUGAUUAUAUAGUAAUGAAUGAUCGAAUACAAAGGAUAACGGGAUGUACCUUAGAAUAUAAUUACAACAAUUAUAAUGAUAAUAAUGAUAAUAAUGAUAAUAAUAGUAAUAAUUAUAAUAAUAGUAAUAAUUAUAAUAAUGAUAAUAAUAGUAAUAAUAUUAAUAGUAAUAAUAAUAUUAAUAAUAAUAAUAUUAAUAAUAAUAAUAUUAAUAAUAAUAAUAUUAAUAGUAAUAAUAAUAAUAGUAAUAAUAAUAAUUGUGAAAAUAUUAACCUUUCGUGUCAGUCAACUUGUGAAAAUGGGAAAGAAGAAUUUAUACCUUCAGAUUUAUUAGUUGAAGAAAUAUUAAGAUUUACUUAUAACAUAUUAGACAAUUGCUUAAAUAAAACAAAAUAUAAUUCAAUUGAACAUUUAAUUUUACUUUUAUGGAGUUUUAAUCCUAAAUUAUCUAUUUUAUGUGCUGAGAUAUUAAAUAUAUAUUAUUUAUUUAUAAAGAAAACUAAAAAAAAUGAAACUAAAAUUAAUGAAAUUGUAAAUUUCGUAUCAUCUAUUAUUAAUAUUCCUAUACCAGAUCAUUUACAUCCUUAUAUAAAUAAUGAUAUAGGUAGAAUUGAUGAAAAUAAUUAUAUAUCUGGUUUAGUUUUAUAUUAUUUACAUGACAAAACAAAUGAACAGUAUAUGAAGAAUAUAUAUAACAAAGUAGAAAAUAAAUAUUUCUUAGAUUUAAUUGAUUAUAAUAUUGAUCUACAAAAAAUUAAUAUUAAUGUUAAUAAUAUAGAUAUAUCGUUUACGUCUUUAUUUCCACCACAUAUAAAAUAUAGUGAAACACAAAAUGUAUUAAAUAAUGCCUUUAAUUAUAUUAUGAAAAAUUAUAACAUUCCAGAACAAUAUAUGUAUGAUUUAAGACAUAAAUUAAGAAUAUAUGUUGGUUUAAUAUGUCCUAAAUAUCGAAGAAAGUUAUUUAAUUUAAGAUAUUUAAUCUUAUCUGGUUCUUUGUCUAUUAAUUCCAUCGUAUCACCUCAAAUUGUAACUAGUAACAGCAUAUUUUUAGAAGAAUUAUUAUACUUUUUAAAAUAUCAUAAAUUUGUACAUUUUAAUACAUUACGUAUUAUUUUUGAUUUGUUAAUUACAUCUAUUGAAUCCCAUUUAUAUUAUAAGGUCGUUUCCGAUAUAUUAGGUUUACGAUUACAUAGUGGUUUAUUCAUUAGUAUAUUUAAAUAUUAUUUAAAUUACUUCUUAUCACCAUAUACUUUACAAAAGGAUAUAUGUCCACUAUAUGUUAUGAAUGAAAGUGAAAGAGAGGUCUAUAGUAUAAAUGAUAUAAAUGAAUAUUAUAUAAGAAAAGCUAAUCCUAAUAUUAAAAAUUCAUUAUAUCGUAAGGAAGACACUAGACAUGCUUACAUGAACAACGACAAUACAAAUAACAUAAAUGAUAAUAACAUAAAUAACAACAACAUUAUAAAUAGCAAUAAUAAUUUAAAUUACUAUACAUUAUCAGAUAACGACAUUUUAAUGAACAUUUUGAGGGAUUCUAUUCCACCACACACGAUGAAUAUGAACAAUAGCGAAAUAAAUUCAUUAGUUCAAGCAUCACAACAUAUUAGUAAUAACAAUAAUUAUUUUAAUCUAGUAAAUAUAUCUGUUAGUCCAUCGCAAGAACAAUAUUUUACACCGCGAGCAUAUACACAAGAGGAAAAUGUUAAUAAUUUAAAUUUUAAUUAUAAUGCUAGCAAUUUAAUGAAUCAAUCGAACAUAAUGAAUGAACAAAAUGUUUUCUCAUCAAUACCAUUGGAGACAUUAGGAGUUGUUGAAGCGAAUCAAAUGCAGAAUUUAGAUUCUUCAAAUAUGUUAAAUUCAAGUGGAACAUCUGUUGAUAUGAACAUACGAUCAAGUGAUGGUACAUCCCUCAUCAACAACAACAACAAUAAUAAUAACAACAACAACAAUAAUAAUAAUAAUAAUAAUAGUAAUAAUAGCUCUGUGUUUACGUUUGGAAGUGUUAAUAACCAAGGAGAAAGUGUGAGCGCGAUUGAUAAUAUGAAUAUAUUUGAUUAUAUAAAUAAUACUCCCAAUAUGAUUAAUGACAAUCAUUUGAAUAUUCUGGACUAUAUACGUCAUAAUCAAUCAAAUAAUAACAAUAAUGAUAACAAUAAUGAUAACAAUAAUGAUAACAAUAAUAACAAUAAUGAUAACAAUAAUGAUAACAAUAAUGAUAACAAUAACAAUAAUAAUGAUAAUAAUCACCAAAGUGAAGGGAAUAUUGAAAAAGAUGAAAUAAAAUAUGAGAAUUAUAUUAGUGAAGAAACAAUUAUUAAUAAUAUAAAGAAUUGUAAGAAGAAUGGUGAAAAUGAAUUUUUUAAAGUUACUAAAUCAUAUUUUAAAGAAUUUCGUAAAAAGAAAAAACAUAUUUCCAUGAUGUUGCAAUUAUUAACUUUAUAUCAUACAUGUAUUAUGGAACCAUGUCCUAUCUUAACCAUAGCUCAACAAAACACCUUAAAAAUUUUCCCACUAUUUUUAUUAGAUAGUUCUACGCAUAAUUUACCAAUUGUACAUUUAUUAUUAAGAAUCAUGGAAACCUUAUUAGACUUCACUCCGAAUUUUUAUUUCACAGUUAAAGAUGAAGAAGAGUUAUAUAAAAUAUUAUUAUCACGUUUUCAAUAUGAAUUUUUUUUGAUGUCUGAUAGUUUUUAUCAUUUGAACAGAAAAGAUUAUUUAAGAUAUUAUUUCGAACCUUUUAAUUAUGAAGGUUACGAUCAAGAAUUUAUAGAAACGAAUGAGCAAAAGGAGAUAUAUAUAAAAAGGAAGCGAGAAGAAUAUAUUAAUAAUGUAAAUCGUAUACAAAAUUUAUGUAAUAUGAAAAAUAUGAAUAACAGUGAUAAUAUUAGAAAUGGUUGUGUUAAUGUAUUUGGUGGUAUAGGCGCUAAUAUAUAUAAUGGGAAAAAUAAUUUAACAGAUGUUUGUAUAAAAAAUAUCAUAUAUAAUAAUGAUAAUAAUAAUGAUAAUAAUAAUGAUAAUAAUAAUGAUAAUAGUACAGAUGAUUGUGAUGAUGAUAAUAUUUGGAAUGUUGAGUGUUAUGAUGAUAAUUCUAUGUUUUCUUUAAAAGAUAAAUUAUUAAAAAGCCUUUUUGAAAGGUACGAUGUAAAUGUAGAUGUAACGGAUGAAGUCUUAUUAAAUAGAUUUAAUUUCUGGAUAAAAUUAUAUAUAUAUCAAGAAAGAAUGAAAAUAAUAAAAAUGAUUAUUAAAGCAUUAAAUUUAGCUCUUAAAGGUUAUUCACCAACUGAUACCUUAUUAGAUAUAUUUACAAAUAAUUAUAUAUCAGUGAAAAUUAUUAAAUAUAUAUUAAGAUUUCCACAUAAAUUUGGAUUAUGUUUAUAUGGAUAUAUAUUAGGUUUUAUAUAUGAACAUAUUUAUGAAGAUCCAACUAUUUUAUCAACAUUAUUAAAAGAAGGAAUAUUACAUAUUAUGUUAAAUGGUAUUGUGGAACAAAAUCUAAAAGAUGAAACGGUCUUAAUAUAUGUACCAUCUUUAUUAUCACUGAUGUUUAUUCAUAGUAUUGGAAAAUCAACUAUGAAGAAAAUUAAUUAUACACCAAUAUAUAACCUUUUUCAUUUUGUUAUACAAAGAGAUUAUUUUUUUUUUGAUAGAUUUGGUGAUAUUGCAGUAUCUGUUGGAAAUAUAAUUAAUGAGUUAGAAAAUUAUGGUUUUGUUAUGAAAGACUUUUUAAUAUUCCAUGUAAAAUUAUUAAAAAAUUUAUUAAUAAAAGGUCUCAAAUUAGGAUAUUGGAAAUGUAUAAAUUAUGAUUAUAUUGAAAAACAUGUAGAUAAUUCAAUAAAACAGUUACAAGUCAUGCAAUUAAAAGAUUUAAAUCUAAAUAGAUAUAAAUAUAGAAAAGAUAAAUUCUUGUUAGAUAGAUUAUCUAUUUUGUGUAGAUUUAUUUUAUCAUAUAUGAAAACAUCUUGGAUAAAAAAUUUUAUACACUUCAAUGGUUUAAAAAUUUUAAUGACGUUUACAAAUCUACCAUGUUUCCCACCAAAUUAUAUACACAUUUUUGAGUAUCAUCCCAUUUAUAGUCUUAUUAUGAAAAUUUACUUAUAUGCUUCAUUUAAAAGCUUAUAUAACCAAUUCCUUUAUCCCUUAUAUAAUUUUACAAAUUUUAUUAUGUAUACGCAGUAUGUGAAUUUUAUAUUAAAAAAUAAACUUAUAUUUGAUUUAGAUACAAAUAUAAUAGUAGUAAAAAAAGGUGAACUUAGAAAUAUAUUAAAUAUGGAAACAAAUACAAAUAAUAAACAUAAUACGAAGUCGUGUAAUAAUAUUCAGAAUAAUAGGGAAUCAGAAAAUACAUAUAAAGAUCUAAAAAAGCAUAAAAAUAGUUACAAGUACCAUAUGGAUAAUAAUAAAUAUUUGAAGAAAGGGAAUUUUUGCGGUCCAUAUAUAGAUCGUAAUAAAUUGCUAUUAACUAAUAUAACUCAUUUGUUUAAUAUUUUAUAUUUUCUAAUAUCAGCAUAUACUGAUGCUAAAGGAUUAUAUGGAAAUGAAGAAAAGUUAUAUGAUUCUCCUGAAAUAUCCAAUAGAAAAAUUUUAGAAGUUUUUUCAGACGUCUUAAUUUCUAUAGAAAGUGUUUUUGAUUUUUUCUUUACACUUUAUUUUUAUCAAACAAAUGAUUUAAAUAAUACUAUAGUUUUACCAUUAAAAGAUAAAAUAUGUAUACAUGAACAUGUAAAAAGAACUAUUAGAAAUAAUCAAAAUAAAUCAGAUUAUCUUUUAUAUAAUUUAUUUGGUUGUAGUCGUUCAUUAUAUUGUUAUUCUGUUAAUAAUAAUUUAUAUGAUAUGACUAAUAAAGAUAAAAAAAUACAUUUUCUAUGUGAUGAAGAUAAUUAUGUAAACGAUUACAAAUUUAUUGAUAGUUUAAAACAGAUUGACAAUGAUGAUAAGGUAUAUAAAGCUAUAUAUAAAUAUGCAUUUUCUCAUGUUAUAUCAGAAUUUCAUAAAUAUCAAAAUAAAAAUUGUAAAACUCCAUCCGAUAUAACAAAUUAUAGAAAAACGGAGAAAUCGAAAUUUAAGAGAUAUUUCUCUAAUUCAGAGGGAUCUAUAAAACGAUCACUAAGGAAGAGCAAUUCGACAAAGCCUGCUGUUGCUAAUCAUGUCAAUAAUUCAACUAAAAAUAUGGAGAGCAUUAUAAAUAAUAACAACAUCAACCAUGACAACAUCAACCAUGACAACAUCAACCAUAACAACAUCAACCAUAACAACAUCAACCAUGACAACAUCAACCAUGACAACAUCAACCAUGACAACAUCAACCAUAACAACAUCAGCAGCAAUAAUAAUAAUAUUAAUAUUAAUCCUUUUAAUAAUAUACAAGCCGAUAUUUUAUGUAACACACAUGAUUCAGGUAAUUUUGUAGAUUUUUCCAAAUUAUACAAUAUAUACAAUGACAGAUGCCAAGAAGAAUAUAAAAAUAAAUUAAAUCAUAGAGUUAACAAAGAUAACAAAUCAGAUAAAUGCAAAUACAAUGAUUAUUAUAUAGAUGAUAAAAAUAUUCAUAUGCACACAAAUUAUCCAUAUGAGUCCAAGUAUGUUAUGUGUGAAAGUUUAAAAUCUUUACUAGUUGUUAUUAAGAAAUUUUUUAUUAUGAUUAAUUUAGCUUGUCAUACUAGACAACUAAAAAUGAAAACAAGCCCUAAUUACAUAUUUUAUAACGUUAUGCAACAGAAACAUAUUUUAUGUAUAAUUAGAUGUAUAACAAAAUGUAUGAUGAAUGUACCUCUUGUUAGUAAACCGAUACAAGAAAAUAGUUACCUAGAAAGAAAUCAUAUUUAUCAUAUUUUAUCAGAUCAUAUAACACAAGACAAAAUUAAUUAUUUAAAUAAAUUAAAUGAUAAAAAAAAUAAAAGUAAUAUGCACAUGUCAAAAAAUCUAUGUAAAAAUUAUAUAAGAAAAAUGUCACGAGAUAUGCAAGAUAACAAUUUAAUAAAAAGUGAAAAUGGGAAUAAUGUCUCAACAAGUAAUAUUUCCUUUGAUAUGAGUCAUAAUAACAUGAUGGAUCAAAAUAAAAAUAGUUCCAUUGAUUAUAUGAGUAAUAAUAUUAAUGUUAAUCAUUAUAUGUAUCAGACGGAAUGUAAAAAAGAAGACAAGUGUUUUAAUUUAUAUGACUAUUCAUAUACUCCCUAUAUGAAUUAUAAUGUUGAAAAUAUAGAAGGUAUAUAUCCGGAAACUUUUUAUAUGGAAGAGAUAUUAUUUAAAAGAUAUAAUUUCAAUUUUUCAAAUAUAAGUGUAACAACAAAUAAGCAAAUAUAUCAUAAUAAAUAUUCUAAUAAAGAAAAUUCUGUUAAUAAGAAUAUGAGUCAUGUUGAAGAAGAUGCAGAUGAAUUAUUUGUAAUGGAUUCUAUAAAUAACUGCAACAACAUGAACGUAGACAUGGACAACAGCAACAACAACAGCAACAACAGCAACAACAACAACAACAACAACAACAAUAAUAAUAAUAAUAAUAAUGAUAGAUGUGUUGAUAAUUUAGGUGGAGACUUUAAUCACAUAAAUAAUUUUAGUAAAUAUAAUAAAACCUAUCUAUGUAAUAAUACAGGAAAUAUUAAAGGUUUAGAAAGCGUAGAUCUUAAUAAUUUAAUUAAUAUUAUAAAUAAUAAAAACAAAACAUUAAAUGAAAAUAAUUGUAAUAGUAAAAAUUAUGAAUGUAAAGAAAAGAACGAAUUAAAAAAGAACAAAUUUAAUGAGAAAAAAAUGGAACAAGUUUCGAUUCAUAUACAAGAUUAUACACCAAUAAAAACUAUAAAAUAUAUUUCAGAAAUAAUUAAUAUAUUACAUAAAUUAUUAUCUGAUAAUAAGUUAGAAUUUGUCAGUUAUUUUUAUUUUCUAGAUUUACUAUACAAAGUAGGAACAUUUGAUUUCAUAUUUAAUAUGUUUAAUUAUGUUAUGAGUGUAUAUAUUUCACUAUUAUCAUUAUAUUACAAGAAAAAAAAGGAAAAUAAACAAAACUGUUGUUCCAAAUUUACUAGUUAUAUACCAAUACAUGUUAGUAGAAAUUAUACAUGUACGAAUACAUAUUUUGUAAGAUAUAUAAUUAGGCUUAUGUUAUAUUAUGCAGAUACUGAUAUUAAUACAAUAAAAACUUAUUUACAAAUAACAGUUAAAUCAAUAAAUACAUUCCUAGAUUUUUUUAUAAGUUUAAUAAAUAUAGGGAAAUUUAGUAUGAUUUUAUUCUGUUCGAAAAUGUUACAUCCCUUAACAAAAAUACAUAAUCAUUUUGAGGGACAACGUGUUGAUCCAAAUGUAAAUAAAAAAGAAAAUGAAGAGGAAAAAAAUGUGAGUACAAAUUCGGAAAUUAAAGUAAAAGAAGAUAAUGAUAAAAUAAAUGGGCAUAUUAUUAAUACCAACAACAAUGAUAUACAUAAUAAUAAUAAUAAUAAUAAUAAUAAUAGUGGUAUAUCUUUUGAUAAUAAUAUAAACAAUUUAUCAAAUGAAUGUAUAUCCACACAAAAUAAUACUAAUCCAAAUUAUGAAGAAAUUAAUAUGAAUUCUGUAUUUUCAAAUAUUUCAAAUAUUUCAAAUACACAAAACUUGAAUAAUACCAAUGAAUCAUUAAACUAUGAUAAUAAAAUAAAUGUUGAUCAAAAUAAUUUUUGUACAUUUGAAAAGAACCAUAUCAAUAAUAUAAAAGAGGUAAAAGAUAGUAACAACGAAAAUAAUACUUUUUCCUAUAAUAAUAACUUUUUAUUUUCUUUAGAUUAUUUUGAUAUACUUAAUACUAUAAGAUCAGUAAAAUGUGAUAUAUCAAAUAAUAUAUUUAUGUGGUUAACUUAUAUUAAUAGUACGAGUGUAAAAAUUGGUAAUUUAGGAAGAAAUAAUAUAUACAUUAAUUUUAGUAAUACUAUUAUUUAUAACUUUUUAAAGAUCAUUUUGAAAUUUAUUCAUCAUUCAACUGAAAUAGAACCAAAACUCAACGAAUUAUGGAUGAAGGAAAAAAAUAAGGAAAAAAAAAAUGUAGGUAAUAAAGAUAAAGAAAAAGAUGCUUUUAACUAUCCAAAUGUUAAUAUAUUAGAAGAAUGGGGAUUAAUGGGAUUUGAUGAAAAAACUAUUUAUGAUUGCCUGAACUAUUCAGGUACAACUGAUUUAGAUUGCACAUUAAAUUAUUUAGAUAAAGCUAAAGAAAAAGAAUAUUUUUCAAAUAUGAGUAUGGAUAAAUCUAUGUCAGAAAAAAAAAAAAAAAAUAAGGAUAAUUUGAAAUCAUCCUAUUCAGAGUUUGAUGAAAGCAGUAGUGACAGUUUUUCUAGUGCUAGUAAUAGAAAAACUGAUGAUAUAAUAAUUAGUCGUAACAUCAUGCAAUGUCGUGAAUAUAACAGUAACUUGAAUGAUAUGAUAACCCAAGAGACCAUAAAUACUAAUACCAAUGUUUUUCCUCUUAAUAAUAAUAAUAAUAAUAAUAAUAAUAUAUAUGUUGAUUCGUGUAAUAAUAAUAUUUAUCAUAGUAAUAACAAAUUGGAUGAGGAAAAAAAUGAAGAUAUAUUUUAUAAAGACGAUAAAUACAUUUUAGAAAAAUUUCCAUUCAUGUUUGAUUUACUCAAAGAAGCACAGAAGAAAUCAGUACAUGCACGUAUUUAUUAUUAUGAUAAUAUUAUGAAUCCGAAUAAUAAAAGAAAUAUGAUAUUUUAUAUACAAUAUUAUUUGAAAUCCUUAAGAAAAAAUACAUUUAAUUCUUAUGAACAAAAGAAUUAUAUAAAAGCAUUUUGGAAUGAAGAAAAAUAUCUUUUAUUAAAACAAUAUAUAUAUAAAUAUAUUUUUAAUAUGCUUAUAAAUAUUAUGCUCACUAUUCCAUAUAAUGAAAUAUCAUUUAUGAACUUAUAUCUUAGUUUCCUAAUUAUAGAUAUUGAUAAAAAAACAGUUAAAUUGUUUUUAGAUCAAUAUAAAAAAACUAUACAUGAUAAAAAUAGUAAUAAAAGUAGAAUAUUUAAUCAUCAAGAUGUAAAAAUAAUUAUAUUAUAUUAUUUUAUAGAAAAUAUUUCUAAAAAAAUUAAAACUUUGAAAAAUGAUGAAGGUAUACCUUAUGAACCGUUCUAUCAUUGCCAUCAUAUGUUUAUGAAUUUACAUAAAAAAAAAAAUAAAGGACCUAAAAAUUCAGAUGACAUUACGAAACAGGAUAAAAAAAAAGAUAAUAAAAAUAUUACACAAAAUAAAUUACCAGAUGCAAGAAAUAUACAAAAUAUAUAUAAUUCUAAUUGCCCAAUUUCUUCACAAAAUAAUAAUAGAAGUAAUAAUAUAAUUACUGCAACAUCACCAAAUAUUACACUCAAUAUUAGUACAAUACCAAAUGAUAAUAAUGUUAAUAUAUUUAAUAAUAACAAUAAUAAUAAUAAUAAUAAUAAUAAUAAUAUUAUUAUAUCUGUUCAUGAUAUAAAUCCUUCAACAAAUAUACAUGUAAGUAAUAAUAAUAUAAAUAAUUUAAGUGUUGUCAAUACAAAUAAUAAUAUGCUUAAUAUAAAUCAUGUAAAUAAUAAUCGAAAUAGAACAAGUAAUACUAUAGAAAAUAAUGUACUAUUACAUUACCCAUUAAAUAAUUUGGAUAAUAGUUAUCAUAGUGAUGAUAAUCCAUUGAACGCUUAUCAAGAUAAUAAUAAUAAUAAUAAUAAUAAUACACAUCUAGUGGAUGAGAAAAAUGGAAAUAAAAAUAACAAAGAUUAUCAAGAUAAAAAGAUAUUAACAAAUUCUCCUGAUACCUUAAAUAAUGAUUUAAAUGAUGAAAAGAAUUGUAUAUAUGGUACAAAAUAUGCAAAAGGAGAUAUAGAUGUUAUUUAUGAAUCACAAAAAGAUAUGGAAAUUUAUUCAUACCAUUUUUGUUUAUAUAUGUUAUUUUUUACAUUAUAUAAUGUACUUCAUAAAUAUAAUAUAGCAAAGAAUUUAAUUUUAAAUAUGGAUAGAAAUAUACUUGAUUAUUGUAUUUUCUUUAUACAAAAAUUUAAUAUUUCAUAUAUAAAAUGUAUAGAAAAUAAUGUUAACUAUUUUUUAGCACUUGAUAAAAAUGAAAAAAAAAUAGAUAAUCAAGAACAUAACCAAACAGUGAAGGAACAACAUGAUGUAGAACAACGUCAAUCCGUAUUCUCAAAUGAUGUGCCAUCAUGUAAUGUUAUUAAUGUUGAUGAAAAUGUGGAUAUGAAUUUAAAUGAACAAGACCUAUUAUCAAAGAAAAAUCAAGAAAAAAAUAAAAGAAAAAGAAAGUAUAAUAAAAUAUUAUCACAAAGUAAAGGAAAUACCAAUAAUUUGGAUCCAUCUGGUUCUAGUUUAGAGAGUGCUGAUAAAAUUAUGGUAUCCUCAUCUCUCGAAAUAGAUGGAAAUAUGAACACUAACAAAAUGAUACAUAAUAAUAAUAAUAAUAAUAAUGAGUACAAUUAUAUGGGCUGUUGUAAUAAUAAUAUGAAUAAUGAAGCCUUUAUUAAUCUUAAUAAUGAUGCAAAUAAUAUAUUAAAAAUUCAUAUUAAUAAUAAUACUAGUAAAAAUUUAAAUAACCCCAAUUGCGAUAAUCACAUAAUAACAAGUACCAACAAUGUAAUAUCUGAUAAUGAAAUGAAAAAGGAAAAAAUAAAUAUAAUGUAUAACAAAGGUUUGGUUAUAAAUAAAAAUUUAGAAACUCAUAAUAUGCUUAUCCCAUAUUGGAAUUUAGCAGAUGUAGAUAGUUCAGUAUCUAUGACAAAAACAGAAACAAAUAAUAAUUUAAUGGUAGAAAAUGAAGAAAAUAAAUAUAUCUCAUUAUACUCAAAACCUCCAUGUUUUUAUGCACCUUUGUUUAUGUGCUUAUAUAAAAUUAUUAUUAAUUAUUCCUUAUACAAUUUUAAUGAUAAAAAUAAGAAAACAAGUAAAAAGACUAAAGAAGAAAAGUACAAUGAAGAUAAAAAUAUGUUUUUAAAUAAUUUGAAAAUGGAACAUUAUAGUAUGUUAAAUAAAAAUAAUACUCACAUAAAUAAAUCAGAAAAGGUAUUUAAUACAAAUGAAAGACGAAUUAAUGUAACUGUUGGUACAAGUAAUUAUAAUUUAUGUAAUAAUAUUAAAUUACCACAAACGCAUAUGGAAAAUGUAAGAUAUGUAUCAACAGAAAAGCAGCAUAAUAUUAUAAAAAUAUGUAUUGAUACAUUAUAUUUUUUCAAAGGAUAUAAUUCACAUUUAUGUUUAAGUAUUUUAAGUAUUAUUGAAUAUUUAACUACUACAUAUAAUAAUGUGGUUUUUUUUAUAACUUAUUCUCCUCCAAAUAUUUAUAAAAAUUUUAAAAAGGUUUUUCAAAUAGAAGAACAAAUGCGCCAAAUGAAUAGAAGAAAGAAUGUAAAUCAAAAUGAUGAUAAUCAAAAGAGUUUCGAUAAAUUUCAUGUAAAUAAUAAUGUAAUAAUUAAUGCAUCAACAAAGAAAGCCAAGGAAGAACUGAUUAGUAAUAACGACAUAAAUGUGGAAAAAGAAAUUCAUAAAAAUAAUAAUAAUGACAACAAUAAUGACAAUAUUAAUAACAAUAUUAAUGACAACAAUAAUGACAACAAUAAUGACAAUAUUAAUAACAGUCACAAUAAUAACAAUUUUAAUAUUCCUCCAUUUUAUUCAGUUGAUGGUUUUAAGGGAGAGAAUUCCAAUUUUUAUGAACAAAAAUUAUCAUAUUUUGAUUUAAAUGAUUUAAUAUUAAAUAAUAUGAGUAGAAACAGUUUAGGUAUAAUAUUAAGCAUUUCAAAACAAGUUAAGUUUAAAGAUAUGCUAAUAUUAUUAAUAAGUAUAUUACUACAGUGCUUUACAGAUAAUUAUGUUAUAGCUAAUAGAAUGGAAUCUAAUUUAAAAUCAUAUUUUGCAUCUCAUGGGAUACCUGUUAAAUGCUUUAUGAAAAAGGAUGAUUUGGAGGUUAUUGAAAACCCUAAAUUCGCCAAUGCUUUAGGGGUAUCAUUAAGUGAAUUAAAUGAAGCGUUAUAUCCAUUCAUAUUUAAAAACCCACAAAUUUAUGAAGAUAUAUUAAGUUGUUUGUGUUUUUUCCCAAAUUUAAAAUAUAUUAAGAAAAGUGAAACAAAUGAUUUAGAGAAAUUUGGUAUUAAUACGAAUGUCGAUGAUACAUACAAAUUUUUAGAAGAAAAAAAAAAAAAACUUGAUCCUAUUGGCCAAGUAAAUACAGAUAAAAAGAAAAGUUCAAAUUUAGUUAUGAGUACAAAUGAUAAUGUGAAUUUUGAUAUGAACAUAGAAUAUAAUAAUAUAAUUAAUCCUAGUAAUAAUAUGAAUUUGCAAGAUUUUACUAAAAUAGAUUCAUUAAAGAAUGAAGGAGAAAAAAUAAAAGAAACAAAUAAAAAUGAUGAAAAUAUAAAUGAUGAAAAUAAAAAUGAUGAAAAUAAAAAUGAUGAAAAUAUAAAUGAUGAAAAUAUAAAUGAUGAAAAUAUAAAUGAUGAAAAUAUAAAUAAUGAAAAUAUAAAUGAUAUAUAUAAUAAUAACAUAUCAAAUAAUAAUUAUUACUUAAAUAUUUUACCAAUACCUGAACAUAUCAAAUCUAUUUAUAUGUUAUCUGAAGUAGCUUUUAGUCCAAGAUGUUUAAGAAAAUAUCAUGUCAAAAAUAAUUUUUAUAAUUUUUAUAUCCUAGCUACAUUAUUGGAUUUUUUGAAUUUGUUUACUAUUAUACAAAGUAAAACUCGACUAGCUAAAUUAAGUGGAAAAGAAGAAAAAGAGAAAUUUAAUAAAGCAUUAAUGGAAAUAUAUGGUACUGAUGCAGAUUUUGAUAAUGAAUUAGAAUAUAAAGUUAUGUAUCCUUUUGCUUUAACAGCCGAUAAUAUGUUAUUUAUAAUAAACUUACUUUUAAAAACUUAUAAACAUUUAAUAGUAUAUUUAAUUAAAAUACCUGCUUCUUUUAAUCAGAAAAUUAUCAAAUCAUUUUUCCAAAAGGAAUGUGGUAUGUAUCAUUUUAGAGGAAGUAUGUUAUAUGUAGAUAAUUCAUCUUUUCCAUAUAAUGAUAUAGCAAUUAGUAAAGAAAGUAGAUUAAGUAAUUUUUCAUCAAUUUCAAAUUUUAGUAUAACUAGUAAGAAUAAAAAUAAUACAGAUAUAAAUGUAAAUAAUAAUACAAAUGAUGAUUCAGCAAUAUAUUUAUUAACAAAAAAUAAUGAUGAAAAUAAUAAGAAUGAAUAUCCAAUUAUGGAUUUAUCUAAUGUUUUAUAUAAAUUAAUACGUUGUGAUUCUGUUAAUACACAUACAUAUAAACAAAUAUCAGAAUAUUAUUUACAAAAUUAUAUGCAAUAUUAUUCUCUCUUUGAUUUAUCCAAUUUCACUUUUAGAAGUUGUUUAUUCCCAUUUAUAUAUGAAAAGAAAUAUAUAACUGAUAUUCAUAAUAUGGAUUUAAUAAAUUAUGUUUCUAAUAUUAAUAAUUCCAAUAAUAUUGUAUUUACGCCAUUUUUAAUAUUCUUAUUCAAAAGAAUAUUACCACAAUUUAUUUGUCUCAAUUAUCCUUCCUUACGUAGCCCAUACUCUUUAAAUACAUUUAAAAAAAAAUAUCCUAAUAUGGAAAAAUAUUAUGCCUUAAGAAAUAAUGAAAAUAAAAAUUUAACAUAUCUAAGACAUAUUGUUAAUUUUAUUCAAUUAAUUUUUGAUAUACAUAAUGCAAAUUAUGAUAUACAUAAAAAGGUUGUAUUAGAAAUAAUACACCUGCUUAAAAUACAUUCGAACUUUCAAAAGAAAAAAGAUAAUGUAAACAAAAAUAUAAAAGACAGUGAGCAUGUAUUUUCUAAUGUUAUGGAUAUUUUUACAUAUGCAAUAAGUUCCCUUUUAUAUAAAAUGGUGAAUGAAGAACAAAAUAUUAAAAUUCAAAAACCUCCUAUUGUAGAAGAUGAUCAAUGUAUAAAUAAGAAGAAAAAGCUUUCCGAACAAUUUCAACUACAUCAAAAAGGGAACAGUAAAAAAAUUAAAAAAAAUGACGAUAGUGAUUAUAGUAACGCAGACACUUUUACGUUUAACAAUCGUGAUAAUAAUAAUGACAAUGAUAAUGAUAAUAAUAAUAAUAAUGACAAGAAUAAUAAGGACAAUAAUAAUAAUAAUAAUAAUAAUGACAAUAAUAAUAAGGACAAUAAUAAUAAGGACAAUAAUAAUAAUAAUCACAAUAAUAAUAACAAUGACAAUAAUAAUAAGGACAAUAAUAAUAAUCACAAUAAUAAUCACCACAACAAUAAUAACCAUAACAACAAUAAUAACCACCACAACAACAAUAAUAAUAAUCACCACAACAAUAAUAACCACCACAACAACAAUAAUAACCACCACAACAAUAAUAACCACCACAACAAUAAUAACCACCACAACAACAAUAACAAUAAUAACAAUAAUGAAGAUGGCAAUGGAGAAAAUGAAGAUAACAACAAAACAUUUUAUUAUAACAGAGAACAACUUAUAAUGUUUCGACAUUCUUUAUGUAAUUUAUUAAAUAAAUUAGAUUAUUCUAAAGAAGAUUUUUCCAAUGUAGCCACUUCCAUAAUUAGAUGUCUAUCCGUUUUAACAUCUGCGCCAGUCAUGGGAUAUCCUAUAAAAACGAAGAAUAAUAAAUUAUUUAUGAUUAAACUAAAUAAACUCAAUGAAAAGAAAAAUACAAAAAUAAAAAAAAUAAAAAGAAACAAAAGAAGAAAAAAUGUUUCUUAUGUUACCUUUCUAAACCCAUCAUAUGUCCGCUUUAGAUCGGAUUCAAGCAAUAACGAUUCUGAAUGUUCAGAUAUUCCAUAUUCAGAUGAUUCGGAUAUCUCGUAUGAAGAACACUUCAUUUUUGAUAAUGGCGAAAGUGAUGAAGAGGAUGAUGAUAUUCGUUAUGAAUACGAAGAAGAAAUGGAUGAUGAUUAUAUGGAAGAGGAAGAAAUAGUAAAUCAGGAAGACGGUGAAGAAGAAGAAGAAGAAGAAGACGAAGAAGACGAAGACGAAGAAGAAGCUAUUGAAGGAGACGACGACGAAGAAGCACAAGAUGAAGAAAAUGACGAAGAGGAAGGAAAUAAUGAAAACGAAACCUUGUUUAAUGAUGAGUAUUAUAACCAAACAGAUAACGAUAACAAUAAUGAUAACAAUAAUGAUAACGAUAAUAAUUUAUUAAAUGAUGAAGCAAAUAACGAUAUGUCUAAUAAUGAUGAGGAAAACGAUGUGGAAAGAGAUGACGAAGAUGUGGAAGGGGAUGGUGACGAAGAUGUUGAAGUAGAUGAUGACGAAGAAGUUGAUGUAGAUGAAGAUGAGGAAGAAGUUGACGUAGAUGAAGAUGAAGAAGAAGUAGAAGAAAUGGAUGAUGAUAUGGAAAAUGAAGAUGAUGAUGAAGAUGAUAUAGAUGAUGAUGAUGAAGAUGAAGAUGAUGAUGAAGUAGACGAUGAAGUAGAUGAUGAAGAAGUUUUAGAUGAUGAAGAAGUUUUAGAUGAUGAAGAAGUUUUAGAUGAUGAAUAUGAUGAAAUUGAUAUUGAAGAUGAGGAUGCUGCCGAAAGAAAUAGUAACGAAGAAAAUGAUAAUAAUAGAAAUGUACAUGUACAUGCAUAUUUGGUGCAAGAUAGAAAUGAAAUUGAUGAAGACCAGAUAUAUGAUAAUUCUAACGAUUUAUUACUUCCUCACGAAGUAGAUGAAAAUGAGGAAAUUUUAUCAAACAUGGAUGAUAAUAAUAAUAACAUUGUAUCCAGGUUGGAUUUGGUUUCGGAUAGUAGUAAUGAUAUGGAUGAACAAAAUGUUCAUAGAAUUAGAGAAAUAGAUGAAACAGAAGAAGAUGAAGAAGAUGAUGAUGGAGAGGAUGAUGAAGAAGAUGACGAUGAAGAUGACGAUGAGGAUGACGAUGAAGAUGAUGAUGACGAAGACGAUGGAGAGGAUGAUGAAGAAGAAGAUGAUGAAGAAGAUGAUGAAGAAGAUGAUGAAGAAGAUGAAGAUGAAGGAGAAGAAGAAUAUGAAGAUGUAGAAGAAGAAGAUGGAGAUGAAGAAGAACUUCAUAUAAAUAACAGUACAUAUAAUGUUAAUCAAAAUGUAGAUAAUAUUAGAUCGAAUAAUAAUAAUACAGAUUUAAUAGAUAACGAAAUAAAUGUAAAUAAUUCUCUAUUAAAUUGUAAUGAAAAUCAGCAUGAAAUAUUAGAUAUCUUAUUAGAAGAAGAUGGAGCUUAUAAUAUUAAUGAUGAUAUAGAUGAAUAUAAUGAUGAUUAUGUAGACGAAGUGGAUAAUAAUAAUAACAAUAAUAAUAACAAUAAUAAUAACAAUAAUAAUAACAAUAAUAAUAAUAACAAUAAUAAUAAUAAUAAUAAUAAUAAUAAUAAUAACAAUAAUAACAACAACAAUAAUAAUAAUAAUAAUAACAGUAAUAAUAAUAAUAUUAAUAGAAGCACUAAUAACAGUUUUAGUAAUAUUGUUAAUAUAGACGCUCAAAAUGUAAACAACAAUCAAAUGAGAAAUAGAAUGAAUACAACAAAUGAUAUAGGGGAUAUUAAUAAUUUACAAGAAAAUAUCAAUACAAAUCAUAUGAAUUCAACUUCUGAAUAUAAUAUUAAUGGUAAUAUUUCAAAUAUAUGUAAUAAUACAUUUUCAGGUCAUAAAUGUUCCUCAAAUGAAAGAGAUGUUUUAGAAAAUAAUGUAAAUAAUAGUAUGAUUAUUCAUAAUGAAAAUAGUACACAUGAUCAUCAUAUAAAUUCUUCAUUAUUAGAUAAUAAUAAAAAUCAAAAUUUUUCAAAUAAUAUGAGUAUGAUACAUAAUAGUACAAUAGAAACGAAAAAUAAUAUUCUUCCUAAUGCUUUAGAAAGUAACAUUCAGAAUAAUGUAGAUAUACAAAACAAUUUAUGUAAUAAUGUAAAUGCAAAUAAUUGUUCUAAUAAUAUAUAUUAUGCGAAUACUCAAACUAAAAGUGAGAAAAAAGGUACCAUAAAAAAUAGCAUCAGUUUAGAGAAUAACGAAGAAAAUACUAAUGAACAUAUUAAUAAAAAUAAUGUAAUUGUAGGAGAAAAUUAUAUUCUCAAUAAUAAAAUAAAGAAUGAACAAAUUAAUAAUACGAAAGUUAAGAAUGAUCAUAUAAUUGAUUCAAAUAUUAAUAAUAUAAAUAAUAUUAAAAAUGAUAUUAAUGAUAAUAUUAUAAAAGUUGAUAAAAACAAUAUUAAAAAUAACGAUUCAUUUGCUGUCAAAGAUAAAAGUAUGUUAGAAUCAUCAGAAAGUACAACAAAUAUUAGAAAUGUAGAUGAAAAUAAUGUAAGCAUAAUUGAUUUGUAUUAUCAUUUUUAUGGUUCUAAUAAUAGGGACAUAAAUACAUUAUUAAAUGAAAAUAAUAGUAUCUUAUAUUUAAAUGAAACGGGUCAAAUAAAUUCGACACAAAUAAAAGAAACAAACAAUAAAAUUAAUAACAAUAAUAAUAAUAAUAAUAACAAUAACAAUAACAAUAAUAAUAACAAUAACAAUAACAAUGGUAAUAAUACAAGUGUUGAUAAUAAAGAUUCUAAAAAAACAGAUAAAUCAAAUAAUGCAAAUGACGCUGAACAAGUACCAUUAGAAUUAAAUAAUAACAACACUGAAGGUGUAGAAGAAUUUAAUAAUAUAACCAGUCUUAAUAUAGAAAAUUUAAUGGAUCAACUAUAUUCAACUUUAUUAAGUACAGAUAUAAGAGCAAAUGAUCUUUUAAACAGUGAAAUUAUAUCAUUGCAAAAUAGAGCUAACCGUGUACAAAGAAAUAAUGAUUUUAAUAAUAUUGUAGAUGAGAGCAGUUAUAAUAUUAUAGGAGAUGAUAUAACAGAAAAUCGUAAUUUAUAUGAUAAUCGUUUGAAUAGAAAUAAUAGUGUUCCAUAUAUUCAUAGAAAUGUUGAAAGAUUAAAUAAUUUCCCUCCAUUACCAACAUCAAACAAUAAUACAAAUAUUAGAGCAAGCUGGAAUAAUAGAAAUAUAAAUCGUCCAAAUAGCAUAACAAAUAAUGUUGUGAGUAAUUCCCUGAACAAUAUAACAAGUAGUAUUAGAAAUAAUAAUUUGAGAAACAUAUUUAACAAUAUUAGAAAUAAUAAUAAUGAAAAUGUUUUUAAUAGGCAUAGAACUAUUAAUAUUGUUCCAUCUAUUAUAAGAAAUGAUAUAAUUCAAAAUUUAUCAGCAUCACACCAGAAUAACAGAGAUCCAAAUAAUAGUAAUAAUAAUAAUAAUAAUUUAAGCACCAACCAAGCUACAAAUAAUACCAACGAAAGAACAAACGAAAAUAACAAUAUUCAUAAUAAUAAUAAUGAGAAUGAUAACAAUAAUAAUAUAUCACAAACAAGGGUUACUAACAAUGAGCAAAGACAGGUGUCAGAACUAAAUAAAGAUAAAAAUCAAAUAAAAGAUAAAGGUAGCAAAAUUGAAAAAACAGAAAUGUUAACUAAAAAAUAUAACAAAAAUAAAGCUCAAUUUAAUAUGAUUGAUGCUGUUAUAGAUAAUGACACGAUAUUAAAGAGUGCUAUUUGUAAUAGAAUGUACAAUAGAUUAUGUAAAACUAUACCAAAAGUUCAUAUCAAAUUACCUUUAGAAAAUUUAAUUGAAGAGAAAAAAAGAAUUAUUCAAACAUUGGAAAAACAAAAGGAACAAGAACAAUUAAAGGAAAAUAUAAAAGGAAAUGAUAAUAAUAAUAAUUCCAAUAAAGAACAUCAAAAUGAACUAGAGGAUGUAAACAAAAACAAAGAUGAUCCAUAUAAAAAAGAUAAAAAGGGAAACAAGGACAAAAAAUUAUCUCGUUCUACUACAACUACAAAUGAUAAAAAAAAAAAUACCAAUGAAGAAAAUGACAUAAUAGAGUCGAAUGAAAAUGAUAAUAUAACAAAUGUACAAUUAGGUUCACAUAAUGAACAACUAGAAAAUACUCAAUUGAAUAAUGAUAAUAAUAAUAAUAAUAAUAAUAAUACAAACAAUGGAUUUAACCCUAACGAAGGUGAUAAUGAUAGUGAUAGUCAUAGUGAUAGUAACAGUAAUAGUAACAGUAAUAGUGAUAGUGACAGUAAUAGUGAUAGUGAUGAUUAUAAUGAUAAUAAUAAUAAUAAUAAUAAUAAUAAUAAUAAUGAAACACCAAAUGAGAAUCAAAAUAAUGUAAAUAAUGAUGAAGAUCAUUUAGAAGAAGAAAAUGAAGAAGAUUAUAAAAAUAUUAAUUAUGAAGAAUUAUUUGAUAAUAUUUUAAAUAUUGAAUCACUUCUUAUAAUUUGCUGUUCCUUAGGAAUAAGUGAAUCUCAAUUUUUGGAGCUCUUAAAUGUUGAUAGAUCAUUUCUUAUAGAAUUACCAUCAAAUUUAAUAGAUGAACUUAUAAUUCAACAUUUAAAAAAUAUUACCUUAACAGGAAUUAGUGAAAAGGCACAGGAUAAUAUAAAAAACAAAAAAAUAAUAUCAAUUAAAAUGUAUAAGAAUUAUCUGAAAUAUCAAGAAUAUAAAAAAUCCCAAGAAAAUAGUGCAUCCAAUGAAAAUAAUACAAAUGAUAUAUUAAAUAACACAACGGGUAAUAAUAUAACAAAUGAUAAUAAUAUUAAUAAUGAUAAUAAUAUUAAUAAUGAUAAUAAUAUUAAUAAUAAUAAUAAUAAUAAUAAUAAUAAUAAUAAUAAUAUUAAUAAUAAUAAUAAUAAUAUUAAUAAUGUGUCAAGUGCUAAUUCAACGACGAAUAAUUCUGCUACAGAAUUUAAUGAACGACCUAAUAAUGAAAAUUCAAGUGUAAUAGAAAAUCUUGAUAAUAAUACAAAUAUUCAAAAUAAUAUAAAUGAUGAAAAGGAACAAAAUAUUCGUAUAUUUAAUAGUAUAAAAAAAAGCUAUUUAGAAGCUUUACCAUCAAGUAUUAGAUCCGAAAUUAAAAAAAGAAUUAUAGGAAAUAGAACUGAAAGAACUGAUGUACAAGAUGAAACUAAUAUUUCUUUUAUAGAUUCCUUAACACCGGAAUUAAGAAGAGAUGUAUUAUCGACAGCCAGUAUACGAUUUAUAAGAACAUUAACUGACGACAUGAUAGAAGAAGCGAGAAACCUAAGAUUGGUAAUAUUAAAUAAUCGUAAUAGUACUCUAAAUGCAAAUAAUAGAAAUAGACAAAAUGUUUCAAAUAAUGAUGGAGCAAAUACUACAACUACAAAUAACAGAAGUGUAAGUGAUAGAAAUGCACAAAAUAUGAAUAAUAUAAACAAUACAAAUAAUACAAGCAAUGUAAAUGAUACGAACAAUACAAAUAAUGUAAUCAAUGUAAACAAUACAAAUAAUGUAAGCAGUACAAAUAAUGUAAUCAAUGUAAACAAUACAAAUAAUGUAAGCAGUACAAGUAACAUGAUCAAUAAUAAUAAUAAUAACAAUAAUAGUAUUAGUAGUAGCAGUAAUAAUAACAGCAGUAGUAGCAGCAGCCAUAUAACAUCAACUACCAACAGAAAUAUAAACGGUUCCAAUGUAGCAAAUUUAAUUAACAACAUAAGAAAUAAUAUUCAAGUUAGAAUUAGUAAUCGUGCUUUGAGAAAUGUAUCAAACAAUUUAAAUAAUAGUAAUCAUAACCAUAAUAAUAUAAAUAUUAUAAAUAAUAUAAACAAUAUUAAUAGUAUCAAUAAUAUGAAUAUUAUUAACAAUAAUAAUAUGAUUGUGAACAAUUUUAAUAGAAGUAAUAGAAAUAGUAAUAGACUGAUUUUUACUGGAGGGAACCGAAAUAAUCUUAAUAACAGACGUCGUUUGAAUUUACCUUUAAGAAAUUCACUUUCAAAUAUGCAGAGAAACAAUUUUAUUAGAAUUACAUAUAAUGAAAAUAAUGCUCCAGUUAUUAUGAUAAACACAGGUCAUGAAAAUUAUGACAGUUUAACAGUUACUCGUUUUAUUGAUAAUAUUAUGGGUAUUAGAACACAUGAUGCACUGGCAUCUGGUUUGCCUAUAGGAGAUAGUAAUAAUAGUAAUAACAACAAUAAUAAUAAUAACAACAAUAAUAACAACAAUAACAAUAAUAACAAUAAUAAUAACAACAAUAAUAAUAACAACAAUAAUAACAACAAUAACAAUAAUAACAAUAAUAAUAACAACAAUAAUAACAGUAAUAAUAAUAAUGAACGAUCAAGAUUAUUUAUGAGUAACCAAAAUAGAAAUGUACAUCAUAAUAAUAAUGUGGAUCAUAACUAUCAUGUUAUGAAUGAUGAUAAGUAUUUAGAAAAAGAAGAUGAUAUGUUAUUGAAUAGAUAUUUAAAAAAUUUAUUUCCAUCCAUGAAUAGGUUUAAUACUGAUAAUUCAAAAACUUCUUCAUUAUAUAUAUGUGUAGAAGAACCAGUUUCAUUUCAAGCUUUAAUUGAUAUAUGUAGAUUAUUAUUUUUAAAGAAAGAGAUUAAUAAAAAAAUAAUGUUUACAUUAUUUUGUAAUUUAACUUGUUCAUAUCAAAAAACAAAGGUAUAUACACUACAAUUAUUUAUGAACAUUUUAUGGUGUGCAUCAGCUGAUUUACACGCAAAAAAAAAUAAUCCAUCAAUAGUAUAUUUAAAUUCUAUAAAUUUCCCUCCUAAAAUGUUAUAUUAUAAUAUGAAUAAGAAACAGUAUGGUUUAUUUUCAGAUAAUUAUUUUAUUACUGCAUCCAUAUCAGCCGAAAGGGUUCUAGAACAAGUACAAUCAUUACUUAUUACAGUACCGCAUAUUUCUUCAUUCUUUUGCACAUUUUUAAUACACCCAUCUUAUUUUAUGCCAAACGAUUUAGAUGAAAACAUGAUAACUAACAACGAUAAAGGAAACGAAACUAAUAUUAAUAAGGGUAAUAAUAAUUUUAUGGAUGUUCCAUAUUAUGAGGAUAAAAUGAUAAAGAAUGAAAAGAAUGAAAAGACUGAUGGGGAAAAGAAAAAUAAUGAAAUAAUAAAUUAUCAAAAAGAAAAAGAUGUAGAAGAAGAAGAAGAAGAAGAAAAAGAACAUGAUGAUGAUGAAGCUGUUAUUUUAGAAUAUGAAUUAAAAAGAAAAAGACCAAAGAUGGAUGAAAAAAAAAAGAGAAAAAAUCAAAUAUCAGAUAUAUAUAAAAAUAAAACUAACAUAAAUGAUAAAAUUAGCACACAAGUAGAUAUGUCUAAAUAUGAAUAUCCUAUAAAUAUCUUAUUCAAACUAUUAAAUUCAUCUUUAUAUUUAACCUCUAAAAAAUUAAUGAGUCAUUUAUUAUCUGUUAUUUAUAAUUUAUUAAUUAAUUGCGCCAAAAAAAAUCAUAAUUAUGCAAAUUUUACAAGAUGGGUUUAUGAAGAAAAUUUAGAAGAAAUAAUCAGCAUGGAAAAUGAAAAUAAUGAAGAGGAAUUAAAAAGUGAUGAUAAUAAAAAUAAUAAUAAUAAUAAUAAUAAUAAUAGCAACAGUAAUAAUAACAAAAUUUCAAAUAAUAAGAAUGGUACAAAUGCUGAAAGAAAUGUCUCUUCUACAAAUAAAGAAAAUACAAAUAAAAAUAAAGAUACAAAACAAAAACAAAAUAAAGAAAAAGAAAAUUUUCUUUCUUCAACUAAAAUUGAUAAAGAAUUAUUAUUAAAUAUAAAAAGUUUAAAACCAAUAGAUGAAGAAAUAGAUAAAAAGGAUUUAAUUUCUAAACCAUAUUAUUUAUUAGAAGUUAUAUCAAAAGAUGCAUUACGUAAUUUAAGUAAACUAAUAUGUAAUUACAAAACGAACUUUUUAUGGAUUAAUAAUAUGAAUAAUACAACAAAUAAUAAUAAUAAUAAUAAUAAUAAUGUAAAUAAUAAUUUAGAACAAGUACAUAAACAAGAUAUAUCAUCACUAAUACAAAUUAUGGUUAUGUUUUUCUCUCAUUAUAAAUUAAAAGAUUUAAUUAUACAAUCCUUGAAACGUCAUACACAUGUAUUAAUAAAAAGAAUUAUUUAUGAUUUAAAAAAAAUUGUUCAUUCAAUUCACAAUAAAACAUUCAAUAUAUAUUCUGUUGAUCAUUCUGAUAGUUUAGAACAAAAAUUAAUUGCCUUCUAUAGAGUUAUCACCAUACUAUUUAAUGCACCCACACUAAUAGAUAGUAUAACAAAUAAAAAUGAUCUAAAUAAAAGUGAUACCAUUAAUUUAAAUAAUACUAAUAAUAGUAUAUCAAAUGUCGAAGGUGUAAAUACACCCUUUCAACAAAAUGAUCAUAUUAAUAAUAAUGAGGUACAUAUAAAUAAUAAUAUAUCCAAUGAAAAUAAUUGUAAUACUAAUAUAAUGAAUAAUGUAUCGAAUAAUAAUCAAGAUAAUGUAUCAAGUGAAAUAAAUACAAACGAAACAAAUAAUAAUAAUAAUAAUAAUAAUAAAAGUCUUGUAAACAAUAAUGAUAUCGACAAUGAAACAAUUAAAAAUGACUAUGAAAAACAUAUAAAUAAAACAACAGUCGAUGAAGAAACCAAAUUUGAUAUAUGCGCAGAUUUUUUUCUCUCAAUAAAUAUUGAUUUAUUGUGGGAAGAAUUUAAUAAAACCAUGCAAGUUAUUAAUAAUUCAUUGAUUGAUAAAAAUUAUAAAUUUAAAGAUAACUAUUAUUAUAAAGAUUUAAGCACAGCUAAAGAUGAUAAUAAGAAAGAAAAUAAUAAUGAUAAGUUACAAACGGGUAAUGUUCAUAAAACGAAUGAAAAAGAAAAUAAGAAUAUUAGUAACAAUUUAGUUGAUACACAAGACAAUAAUAACAUAGUUACCUUGUUUAAUACAGAUUCUUCAUCUAACGAAUGUUCAGAUCAUGGUGAUAUAUAUUCAAAUGAUAGAUUAUCAAGUAAUAUACAAAACGAAGAAAUAAUAACAAAUGUAGAAAAUGAAAAUAACGAUGAAAAGAAAAAAGAAAAUAAUGAUGAUGAACCACCUCCAACAAUUUUAAACUAUCUCUUACCAUUAAUGGAAGCCUAUUUAUUUAUUGAAGAAGUUAUAUUAGUAUCACAAUAUAAAUUAAGAAAAUUUAAAGACUUAGAAAAAAAAGUAGCCAGUUUAAAUGUAGAAAGCAUCAAAAUUAAUGAAAAGUUGGCAUAUGAUGAUAGCCCAUUUUAUAUAAACAUAUAUAAUAAAAAGAAAAUGAUGAAGAAAAAAAAUAAAAAAUAUAAAAGUACAAAAGAGUUAUUGUCGGAUAUAUUUGACGAUUCUCAUAUCAAUAGUAAUCCAACUAAUUUAAAUAAAAUUAAAAGAAAAAUCUAUACAAAUAAAUUAGAAGAAAAAGAACAACAACAAAAACAACAAAAACAACAAAAACAAGAACAAGAACAAAAUAGCAAAUAUGACCAAACACAAAAAAACAAAAAUAAUUAUACUCACGAUGAUUCAAUGAAUAAUAAUAUAGUUGAAAAUGAAAAUAUAAAUGAUUGUAUAAAUCAAAAUAUAAAUGAAAAAGAUGACGUUGAAGGACAAGACCAAUUGGUAAGGAAUAAAUUGAAAAAGAAAAAAUUAAAUGAAGACCAAACGAAUGAUAAUGAUAAUGAUAAUAAUAAUAUACAGCAGUUAAACAAAAGAGAAGAAAUGAUAAUAUGUGGUAAUAAUGAUCGACAGGAAAAAUCAAACGAUAAAGAAAAUAAAAAUAAGAAUAAAAAUAAAAAUGAUAGAAAUAACGAACAACUUGAUUCGAAUGUGAAUCAUGACAAUGUGGAUGAAAAUAAUACGAAUAGUUUUUAUAACAAAAUAUCUAACGAACAAUCAAAUCAUAAAGAAGUACAAGAAUAUCAAGACAGUGAUAUUUAUGAUGAUGAUAAUGAUGAAGACGUUGAUCAAUGUAGUAGUUAUUAUAAUGAUGGAAAGGAUGACGAAGAAGGAGAAGAUGAUGAUGAUGAUGAUGAUAAUGAUGAAUAUAUACAAAUUAAAUUAGAAGAUAAUGAAGGAACAAUAAAUAGCCGACAUAAAAAAUUAAUAAAAUUUGUUUAUAUCAAUAGGAGAGUUAUUAAUAGCUUAAUAAAACAAACUCCUAUUUUAUUACAUCAUAACUUCAAAUCAUUAAUUAAGUUAACCUCUUCAUGUAUUAAUUUUGAAAACAAAAGACAUUAUUUAAGAAAAAAAUUAAAAUAUUUAAAAUCAGGAAUAAGAAGUGAUCCAAUACGUUUAAGUAUAAGAAGAGAAAAAGUAUUUACAGAUUCAUAUUAUCAAUUAAGAAAUAAGUCUGGUAAUGAUUUAAAAGGAAAACUUGUAGUAACAUUUAAAAAUGAAGAAGGAGUAGAUGCAGGUGGAUUAACAAGAGAAUGGUAUUCUAUUUUAGCAAAAGAAAUAUUUAAUCCUAAUUAUGCUUUGUUUUGUAGAGAAGGAAAGAAAAGUGAAUUUAAUCAUCCCAAUCCAUUAUCAUAUAUAAAUCCUGAUCAUUUACAUUUCUUUAAAUUUGUUGGAAAAUUUAUAGCUAAAGCUAUAUAUGAUGGUCAAGUUAUUGAUGCAUAUUUUUGUAGAUCGUUUUAUAAACAUAUGCUUGGUCGAAAAAUUUUACCAGCAGAUGCAGAAUCAGUAGAUCCUGAAUUUUAUAAUAGUUUAAUAAAAAUAUCAGAAUAUAAAUUAGAAGAUUUAAAUUUAGAAAUUAAUUUUAGUACAGAAAUUGAUGAAUUUGGAAAAACGAAAGUUAUAGAUUUAAUACCUAAUGGAAGAAAUAUUCCAGUAACCGAUGAAAAUAAACAUAAAUAUAUUGAACUUUUAUGUGAAUUAAAAGUAACUAAUAGUAUAAAAGAACAGUUAGAAGCAUUUAUGGAUGGAUUUAAAGAAUUAAUCCAACCAAAAUUAAUAUCUAUUUUUGAUGAUAAAGAAUUAGAACUACUUAUUAGUGGUAUUCCAACAAUUGAUUUAAAUGAUUUAAAAGAAAACGUAGAAUAUCAUAAUUAUACAGCUAAUUCUAUACAAAUUAUUUGGUUAUGGGAUGUCUUACAAGAAUUUGAUGAAAAUAAAAAAGCAUCAUUCUUACAAUUUGUUACAGGUACAAGUAGAGUGCCUUUAGGAGGAUUCAAAAAUCUUAUGGGCAUGAGAGGAGCACAAAAAAUGAUUAUUUAUAAAGCUUAUGGAGAAGACCGUUUACCAACAGCGCAUACUUGUUUUAAUCAACUUGAUUUACCAGAAUAUUCUUCAAAAGAAUUAUUGAAAAGUAAGUUAAUAAGGGCUAUCAUGGAAGGAAAAGAAGGAUUCGGUUUCAUAUAA